GUGCGCGGCCGUGAGCGGGGAUGGGGAGCCCGGCGGGGGGCGGCUGGGGCGCGGCUGCCGCCAAGCGCGCGCGGCGGGGGGGGGAGUGGCGCGGCCCUGAGGCGGAGGGUGACGGGAGCGAGCCGCGGCGCUGGGACACGGAGCGGCUGUGCCGGCACCUGGCGCGGUGCGGGUUGGGCGAGCCCGGCCUCCUCCGCCGCUUCCGAGAGCACGGAGUCACCGCGAGCAUGCUGCUGGACCUGCCCGCCGGCGCCUUCGAGGCCACGCGUGUCUGCCUUCCAGCUGAGAGACUGAAAGUUUUGGCCUGCCUGGACAAACUGCAACAGCAACACAUGGAUACGAUGAAGGUUUUUAACGAUCCAAUUCAUGGGCACAUUGAAAUACAUCCCCUUCUUGUCCGCAUCAUCGACACGCCGCAGUUUCAGCGCCUCAGAUACAUUAAGCAGCUUGGUGGCACUUACUUUGUUUUUCCAGGAGCCUCUCACAACCGCUUUGAACACUCUAUAGGGGUGGGCUAUUUAGCAGGAUGUCUGGUUCGUGCACUGAAGGAGAGACAACCAGAACUGGAUAUAACUCAGCGAGACAUCCUCUGUGUGGAAAUUGCUGGGCUUUGUCAUGAUUUGGGUCAUGGGCCAUUUUCACACAUGUUUGAUGGAAGAUUUAUUCCACUCACUCGUCCAGAUUGGAAGUGGAAGCAUGAAACUGCUUCUGUUAAAAUGUUUGAGCACCUGAUUGCUUCCAAUAAACUAGAAGAAGUCAUGGAGUCGUAUGGUCUUGUCCUGGAAGAAGAUAUGGCCUUCAUUAAGGAACAAAUAGGAGGACCUACAGAUGAAGCCGCAUGUGAGAUAUUGUGGCCCUACCGUGGUCGACCAAAGGAGAAAAGUUUCCUGUAUGAGGUAGUAGCUAACAAGAAAAAUGGCAUUGACGUUGACAAAUGGGAUUAUUUUGCCAGGGAUUGCCAUCACCUAGGAAUCCAGAAUAAUUUUGAUUAUAAGCGGUUACUUAAAUUCAUUCGGGUCUGUGAAGUAAAAAACCAGAGGCACAUCUGUACCCGUGACAAGGAAGUUGGAAAUUUGUAUGAUAUGUUCCACACACGGAAUUGCCUGCACCGGCGAGCGUACCAGCAUAAGAUUGGCAACAUCAUUGAAAUAAUGAUUACAGAAGCCCUUCAAAAAGCAGACAAGUUUUUUAAAAUAGAAGGCUCUGGAGGGAAACAGUACCAGAUUUCCACAGCAAUGGAGGACAUGGAGGCCUACACUAAGUUAACUGAUAACAUCUACCUGGAAAUUCUGCACUCAAGCUCUCCAGAGCUGAAGGAGGCCCAAGAGAUCCUGCGUAAAAUAGAACGACGUGAAUUAUACAAGUUCUUAGGAGAGACUCAGCCUGAAACAAGGAGUGAAGUUGUACAGAACAAUAGCCUGGCAGAAAGCAUUGCUAAAUCCAAGCCAGAAAAGGAUCCUCCAGAUGUGGAACUGAAGGCUGAAGAUUUUGUAGUUGAUGUUAUCAAUAUGGAUUAUGGAAUGAAAGAACAGAAUCCCAUUGAUAACGUUCUCUUCUAUUGCAAGGCUGAUCCUUCCAAGGCAGUCAAGAUCAGUAAAGAGCAGGUUUCAAAGCUGUUACCCAAGACGUUUGCUGAGCAGGUUAUCCGGGUUUAUUGUAGAAGUCAGGAUCCAGUUAUUAUUUCAGCUGCAAAACAGUAUUUUAUUCAGUGGUGCAUGAAGAAGAAUUUCACCAAACCACCGGAUAGUGAUGUGGUUGCCCCUCAUCUAAUUCCAAAUGAAAGAAAGCUGGAAUAAUGCAAGGGAUGAUGGACACAGGCCAACUCCAGAACCCAGCUGUGAACAGAAGCUUCCUUUUGAUAAGUAACCCUUGUCCUUUUAGCACUAUUCAGUCUGCCUCUUCAGAAGAUGAGUAAACGUGAUCAGCAGCUCCUUUCAAAGCCGGUUGGAUGGACUGUAAGAAUUGGUUGCACAAUGCAGAAAUGCAUUUUACCAUACAGUGUGUUUUAACGUGGGUAUUUAAAGUGCAUAUUCCAAAUGAACUUUUAAAAAACCAACUACCUAUUACAGCAGACUCAAUCCUUGUUUAUUUUUGAAUGUAUUGGCACUGUGUAGCGAGAGUAACUUCAAACACUGCAAUUCAUUGUUAGUACAAGAAGUGCUGACUGCACGUUACUGUUCCUGCCAGUCCCCAUCGCUCCUUAAGAUGAUUGUGAUACUGCAUGAACAGGCAGAAAAGCUCCCAGCUCAGGGGUGGGUUUUUUGGGUUGUUUGGGUUUUGUUCUGCAAUACGUGAAGAAGAGAGGAGUAAAUAUGGUCUGAAACCCCCGUGCCGUGGCAGAACAUUGACGUAACCUUAAACGGCAUCUUCAUGAGUAGUAAAACCAAUUUCUUCAUAAAGAAGAACAUAAAAGGAAGGGAGAAGAGAAUCUUUUUAAUAACCAAAGAUUACUUUUCUGGUAUUCCAAAAGCUGAUGAAGAUGCAGGUGUCUUGCUCUAAGUGUGACACAGUUCCUAUGGAAGUAACAAUGCAUUGCAGUGACAUGCAGCCUUUUGUUCUUUUAUAGGGUAUUUUUGAUACAUUGAAUGUUAUAUUUUUCUCACUGAACUGCAGAAGCUGCUCAAACCGUCCAUUGUUUGAGUGCCUGCAGGAGAGCAGAGCUACCUGGAUGCUUGUCAGGGCAGCCAGCUAUGUGUCCUGGGCACGGUCAGUGCAUCCCACAGGAUGCUGCACUGGUGCUGCUCGUCCUUGCUCCAGUUCUGCAUUAUGCUCGGCAGGCUCUUCAGGUAUUCUUCCAUUCUUGCAUCCCUUCCUUUGUCCCCUGCAUCUCUGAUUGCUGUUCCUGUGUCAUUUUUCUCUCCCUUGUAGAACUAUAAGGGUUUUUCCAUUUUGACCUUACUGGCAGUUCUCCUGUGAGUAUUGCCAAGUGUCCGUCCAGUUGGAAAAGUGAGCGAGGAAGACCUUUUCCCUCUCACCUUUUACUCAGGUUGAAGAGGGAGGCUGCUUUCAGUAAAGAAAAAGCUAAAAGCUCGAAAAAGCCCACCCUCAAACCUGAAAUGGCAAAUGGAACGGUUCAGAAACGCUCAGGAACUGGAACAAGCUUUGGCUUUUGGGGUGUGGGGAAGGCAGCGAUCAGCGCUCUGUUCUGCAGGGUUAGUUUCUGCAAACUAACACAAAGGGAAGUCCCCGUGAGAGAACCUCUGAGCUCUCUUCAGAUCAUUGCAUUGCCUUUGCCCUUCUUAUCACGGGAACUGGUAGCCGUUGGGCAGAGGGAGGAUGAGCAUCCAUGUGCUCAACUCAGGUUUCGUUUGUUUCAAUAACCAGACGUUGGUUUGUGCUCUGCUGUACCUGAGCUCAUGUCUAAAGGUGAUGGGUGCCAUGCAGCCUCUGCUGUUCAUCCUCAACAGUAUUUCACAUCUGCAGGUGUACCAGGUAGCUACUGGAAGGCGGCAGGACCUCUGUAAAGGCUUGUAAAGAACUUAUUAUGCUUCAAGAACGAACAUCAUAAAGGCAUUUGUCUCCCUUAUCUGCAUAAAAUCAAGUAUUGUUCAGCACAAUGUAAUUUUGUUAUUGUUGCUUGGGUUUGUUUUGAAUCUGUUGUAAAAGGUGCACUUUAUACUUGGGAAAUAUCUUUUGCUUACGUUUAAGCAGAAAUUCAUA